UAAGGUGAUAGCUCUGAAGCCAAUGCUUUACAAAUAACUAAAUCAAUCCUUUAUUUUUUUCCAUUCUCCAAGUUCCAAGCACAAUAUUAACUGAUAAUGUCGUACACACGGUACACAUGCUUAGACGAUAAUGUGACGAUUAAGGAGGAGGCAAAUGGUUCAGAAAACAGCUUCAUGGGCUUACAUGGAAAUGUCCACAUUAAACAAGAGCCAGUUGCUAUAGCGGGAGCACACAUUAAGGAAGAACUGGAUCUGUAUGCAGACCAUGAAAUCAAGGAAGAAUUGGUCGUAGGCCCUGUAGUGUUGCAGCAUGUAGAUAUAGCUCAAGCAAGAUUUGUGCAGAACACAUCUGAUAGAGUGAAUGUUGAUACUCGACCAUACAAAUGUGAUAUUUGCACUAAAUGUUAUACAACGAAACAACGCCUUAAACAUCAUAGAAUAACUCAUACUGAAGAAAAUUCUAAUAUACAUUUAAAUACUCAUGUAGAAAAGAAACAGGACAAGUGUAAUAUUUGCAAUAAAUAUCUUGCAAAUAAAUAUGUACUUCAAACUCACAUAAAGACUCAUAUUGGAGAGAAACCAUUCAUGUGUGAUAUUUGCAAUAAAUGUUUUGCAACAAAAGCUCAUGUUAAGCAUCAUAUAAGGACCCAUACUGGAGACAAACCAUACAAAUGUGAUAGUUGCAAUAAGUACUUUGCAAAUAAAUAUGUACUUCAAACUCACAUAAAGACUCAUAUUGGAGAGAAACCAUUCAUAUGUGAUAUUUGCAAUAAAAGUUUUGCAACAAAAUCUCAUGUUAAGCAUCAUAUAAUGACCCAUACUGGAGAUAAACCAUACAAAUGUGAUAUUUGCAAUAAACAUUUUAUAACAAAAUCUCAUGUUAAGCAUCAUACAAUGACCCAUACCGGAGAGAAACCAUACAAAUGUGACCACUGUAACAAGUCUUUUGUCCAUAAAGGAGUUUGUAAUAGACAUCUACAGACUCAUUUGGGAGAGAAACUAUAUAAGUGCGAUAUUUGCAAUAAAUGUUUUAUGAGAAAACAUGUACUUCAAAUUCAUAUAACUACUCAUAUUGGAGAGAAACCAUACAAAUGUGAUAUUUGCAAUAAAACUUUUUCAACCAAUUAUGAACUUAAGCGUCAUAUAAUGGCCCAUAGUGGAGAGAAACCAUACAAAUGUGAUAUUUGCAAUAAAUGUUUUGCAAGGAAAUCUCAUGUUGAGCGUCAUUUAAUGGUCCAUACUGGAGAGAAACCAUACAAAUGCGAUAUUUGCAAUAAAAGUUUCACAACAAAAUCUCAUGCUAAGCGUCAUAUAUAAGGGACUAUACUGGAGAGAAACCGUAGUACAAAUAGCAAAUUGAGAAACACAUUUAAAGAUUUCAUACUGGAGGGAAACAAUAUAAGUGUAUUAUUUUCGUAAUAAAUGUUUUACAAGUACACAGUACCUUAAAUCUCAUACAAUGGGCCAUACUGGAGAGAAACCAU